UGCCAUUGCGAGGUGAGCAAAGAGUCUGGCUGGGCUGGCGGGCUAAACAAACUCUCACAGUUUGAAGUCUCACUUUGGAGCGUUUAAUGUUAGUAAAGAACACAGAAUUGCACUCUCACUAGCUAACAACUUCACAACCUCUUUCCUCUCAUGGCAGUCUUUUUGUUAACCAGAAAAUUUCAAUGGGGUCUUUGACGUUUUGUGAGGUCGGUUGGGUAAUAGGUAGAAGACAGCAGGACCCACAAGCAAUAGAGCAAAGUGAUAGAAUUCAACACAAAUUCCACAAGGGCCACAAACUGUUCCUGAUUCCAUCUUUUUUUUGGUGGGUUUUUAAGGAAGGGAAGAGUUUGGCAACCUACCUGCUAACGGUGAAUAAUAGCUUGCAUAAUGGGUUGGUUGACCAAGGUUUUUAAAGGUUCUAACCAUAGAGGCCAAUAUCAUGGGACACAUGGUGAUGGGGCUCAUGGCUCAGCGGAUGAAUGGGCAGAUAUUGAGAAAGAAGAACUUGACUGUGCUAUUGCAAUGUCUCUUUCAGAACAAGACCAAAAAGGGAAAAAAGUGAUUGAUGAUGAUUCUCAAUCAGAGGAAGAUGAAUGUAUUGCUGGAGCUAAAUCAGAGGAAGAUGAAAGUCUUGCUGAAGCUAAAUCCGAGGAAGAUGAACAUCUUCAUGAAGUUAAAUCUGAGGAAGAUGAACAUGUUUCUAAAGCUCAAUUGGAGGAAGACGAACAACUUGCAAAAGCUAUUCAAGAAAGUUUGUUCUUGGAUUCUCCUCCACAUGACAAUAGAAAUAUAUUUCACCCUUAUCCAUUCUCCUUUCCAUCUGGAUACAGGAUCUGUGCUGGCUGCAACACUGAGAUUGGCCAUGGACGAUUUUUGAGCUGCAUGGGUGCCGUUUGGCAUCCAGCAUGUUUUCGUUGUCAUGCUUGCAAUCUACCCAUUAAUGAUCAUGAGUUUUCUAUGUCAGGCAAGCGCCCUUAUCACAAAUCCUGCUAUAAGGAGCAGCAUCACCCAAGAUGUGAUGUUUGCAAGAUUUUUAUCCCAACAAAUUCAGCAGGUCUUAUUGAGUAUAGGGCACAUCCUUUCUGGAUGCAGAAGUACUGUCCCUCACAUGAACAUGACAGGACUCCUCGGUGUUGCAGCUGUGAAAGAAUGGAGCCGAGGGACAUGAGAUAUCUGUUACUUGAUGAUGGUCGGAAGCUUUGUUUUGAGUGUCUAGACUCAGCGGUUAUGGAUACUUAUGAAUGCCAGCCUCUUUACCUUGAAAUACAAGACUUCUACGAAGGUUUACAUAUGAAAGUGGAGCAGCAAGUUCCAAUGCUCUUAGUUGAGAGACAAGCGCUAAAUGAGGCCAUGGAGGGAGAAAAGAAUGGUCACCAUCACAUGCCUGAGACCAGAGGACUUUGCUUGUCAGAAGAACAAACGGUUACCACUAUCUCAAGGAGGCCAAGGAUGGCGAACAACCAAUUUAUAGACAUCAUAACUGAGCCACGUAGGUUGAUCCGUAGGUGUGAAGUAACAGCAAUUCUUGUUUUGUAUGGCCUUCCUAGGUUGUUGACUGGGUCAAUCCUGGCUCAUGAGAUGAUGCAUGCGUGGCUCAGGCUUAAAGGUUACCCCAAUCUUAGUCCAGAGGUUGAAGAGGGUAUCUGCCAGGUCUUAGCUCAUAUGUGGUUGGAUUCUGAGAUCUAUGCAGCAUCUGCAAGUGAUGUUGCUUCAUCAUCAUCCUCUUCAUCACCUUCCUCAUCCUCUUCGUCCUCUUCCUCAUCAUCAAAAAAGGGUAAACGAUCUGACUUUGAGAAGGAACUUGGUAAGUUUUUCAAACACCAGAUCGAGACAGAUACAUCAGAAGCUUAUGGAGGUGGAUUUAAGAAAGGAAAUGCGGCAGUGCUCAAAUAUGGCCUGAAGGCUACUCUUGACCAUAUUCGAUUGACAGGAAGCUUUCCUUUAUGAUUUGUAUUAUUUUCCCUACAGGUAAAAUUUAGGUACAGUUUUUAGGUGGUGUAUUUUAGGUUUCUUAAUUGAAUUCAAACAAAUGGUUAUGUUAAAUAUAAUUGCCAUUGGGCAAAAUAACACUAUUUGUGUUGUAUUGGUCGAUGUAGUCAUGUGUUUGAAUUUAAUUGAGGGACUUAAGGUACACCACUUACGAAAUUGUACCUAAAUUUUAUUCAAUACCCACUUGCUUCAAUGCCUUCAUAGCCUUAUAUCAUACUUAGUUCAAUAGGACCAAACCAAAGUGUGAAUUCAGGAGACAAAAUAAACGAUAGAAAUGCUCCUUCCUGUGUGCAAUUGUUGUAAUAUCCCCCUGCCCUCAUAAUGAUACUACAUUAUACUUAUAUAUAGAAACAAUGAAUACCACAAUUACACAUUUUUCUUUUGUU